AUGAACGCCGGCAGGAGGACCCGCACCGAAAAAUCCCACCCCCAAAGCUACGUACCGAGCACUUCCAGCAUCUCGACGACCCGGCCUAGGACUACUAACCCUUUGAUCGCGACACAGGCACAAUGGUACGUUUGGAUACACGGAUUCCACACGAUCGCCGGCUACGGCAUCGCCGUCGUUGCUGUUUUUACUAACGUACUUUUUCAGGCGAUCGCACACAACCAGCAGAUCCCCCACAACCACUUCCGCAAGGAUUGGCAGCGCCGGGUCAGGACGCACUUCGACCAGGCCGGCAAGAAGCACAGCCGCCGUGUCGCCCGUCAGGCCAAGGCUGCCAAGGUCGCUCCCCGUCCCGUCGACUUGCUCCGCCCGAUCGUGCGAUGCCCUUCGAUCAAGUACAACCGCAAGGUCCGUGAGGGCCGCGGUUUCACCCUGGCUGAGCUCAAGGCCGCCGGUAUCCCCCGCCUCUACGCUCCCACCAUCGGUAUCGCCGUCGACGGCCGCCGCCAGAACCUGAGCGAGGAGUCCCUCUCCAUCAACGUCGCCCGCCUCAAGGCCUACAAGGAGCGCCUCGUCGUCUUCCCCCGCCGCUCCAACAAGCCCAAGCAGGGCGACUCCAAGGUCGACCUCGCCUCCACCGAGAUCUCCCGCAGCACCUCCGCCGCCUUCCCCUUCGAGCAGGUCGUCGCCGGCUUCUCCGAGAUCGCCAAGUCCGACGUCCCCAAGCCCGUCGAGGGCGGCGCCUACCGCAAGCUCCGCGAGACCCGCGCCGAGGCCCGCAACCAGGGCAAGAAGGAGAAGCGCGCCCGCGACGCCGCCGAGGCCGAGGCCGCCAAGAAGUAA